AUGCUUUGGAAACUCACCUUAGUGACUCUUGCCUUGACAGGGUCCGCGCUCUGCAAGGACUCCUACAAGCUCCCGAGUCGUCUCUGGUAUAAUGGCUCCACCACCACCUGGAACAACGCGCUCCCUUUUGGUAAUGGCCGUCUUGGUGGCAUGGUUUUCGCCAUUGCCUCCAAAGAGCUCAUUAGUCUCAACGAAGACUCCGUUUGGAGCGGCGGCCCCCUCGAGCGCAUGAACCCCGCCUCUCUCGAGACCCUCCCGAAGGUGCGCGCCCUCCUUGAUGCCGGAAAUAUCACCACAGCUGGAUCAACGAUGCUCAAUGGGAUGGCCGCUAUCCCGACAGCGCCGAGGAUGUAUCAGCCGCUCGGCGACAUCACGUUUGACUUUGGCCACUCGACAAAUGUAACAGGGUAUGAGCGCUGGUUGGACACGGAUACGGGCACAAUUGGCGUGGAUUAUACGUAUGGCGGCGUGGUGUACACGAGGGAGUAUAUAGCGAGUCAUCCGGCGGGUGUGCUGGGUUUCCGCUUUUCGGCGUCGAGGCCGAAGUCGAUCUCGUUUUCGGCAGAGCUGUUUAGGAAUGAGACGCAGGGCGAGAUGACGAGAUUGGUGGGCGAGGACUCAUUGAAUAUGGGGGCGUUGAUUGGUGGUGCAGGUGGUAUCCUGUUUAACUCCACUGCAAAGUUCGAGAUCAAGGGAGGAACCAUUGCGGCCGGAAACAACACAAAUAUUGUAGUCACCAAAGCCGACGAAGUAAUCGUCUGGUUCGCCUCCGAAUCCUCGUACCGCUACACCACCCCCGCCACAAAGGUCGCCGAACGUCUUUCCGCCGUCUCAGGCAAAUACGACUCCUUCAAGAAAGAGGCCAUUGCUGAUUACCAGAAGCUCCACCGCAGAGUGAGUCUUAAUCUCGGCACCACUCCCGACUCCAUCAAAAGGCUACCCACGGAUGUCCGCCUCACUACUUUCAAAGCCGGCACGGCCGAUCCUGAGCUUAUAGCCCUUUAUUUCCAAUUCGGACGAUUCAUGCUCAUUGCUUCCUCUCGUGAGGGCUCUCUCCCGGCAAAUCUGCAAGGCAUCUGGAACAAUUUGUAUACCCCUCCAUGGGGUAGUAAGUUCACUGUCAAUAUCAACACAGAGAUGAACUACUGGCCGGCCGAAGUCACGAACCUUGCAGAAACCCAUAGCCCGCUCUUUGACCUGAUGGAGGUGAUGCGUCCUCGGGGCGAAAAGAUUGCCAAAGGAAUGUACAACUGCAGCGGAUGGACUGCGCAUCAUAAUACCGAUCUUUGGGGUGAUGCAGCCCCGGUCGAUCGCGGAACUGGAUACACUAUAUGGCCCAUGAGUGCCGCCUGGCUCUCCUCGCACAUCUUCGAGCACUACCGAUUCAACGAAGACAAAGAGUUCCUGCGGGAAAAGCUACCAACUAUCCACGGCGCCGUUAAGUUCUUCUUUGACUACCUGAUUGAGCGCAAUGGUAGCUACGUUACCAGUCCAUCCACCUCCCCGGAAAACAUCUAUAUCCUUCCCAACGGGCAAAAGGAGGCAGUCACCAUUGGCGCAACAAUGGACAUGGAGAUCCUGCGCGGACUCUUCUCGGACUUCAUCGCCGCCAGCGAGAUCCUCGGUGAGACCACUGAUAUCGAGCGGGCAAGGACGUAUCAUGACAAGCUCCUCCCUCUCCGCAUCGGGCAGUACGGCCAGAUCCAGGAAUGGAUGGAGGACUACCAGGAGAAUGAGCCCGGGCACCGCCACGUUUCUCACCUGUGGGCCCUUUUCCCCGGAAACCAGAUCACACCGCUGACGACACCUGUGUGGGCGACGGCCGCAAACGCGACUUUGCAGCGCAGGCUGGCGAAUGGCGGUGCGGGGACUGGGUGGUCGCGGGCAUGGACUAUUAAUUUCUUUGCAAGACUACAUAUGGGCGACACGGCAUGGUUCCACAUUGAGCAGAUCAUGAGAGGAUCUACCCUCUCAAACAUGUUUGACCUGCACCCGCCUUUCCAGGCCGAUGGAAACUACGGCAGCAGUGCCGGCAUCGCCGAAACACUCCUCCAGAGCCACGCAGGGACGGUACACCUCAUCCCCGCCAUGUCAUCAAACUACUCCACGGGUUCCGUGACCGGGCUUGUCGCGCGCGGAGGCUUUGUGGUUGAUAUCGAGUGGAAGGACCUGAAGCUGGUCAAGGCCAAGAUCUUUUCCAGGUUGGGGAACCCGCUGAAUGUCACUGUUGCAGAUAGCGUGCCGUUUACCCUACAGUCUGAGGGGGGCACUGGGAAGGGCGCUGUUUAUACAGUGCUGCCCGCGGCGUAA